UGGUGAAGGACAGUAAAACAAGGCGGGGGUAUCUCUCCACUGCCACUAUCCACCUUCUAUUCUCAACUCUCAGCAUAAUCUUUCCCGGAGAAGAUAUCCCAUUUGACACUAUUUAUAUAUCUUCCAAACUAUCACGCAAACGGUGGUAUAGACAUCUGGGAUUUUGUUCAGCUAAAAAAGGAAAUUAAUCCCAGGAUUUACCUGCAACUGAUCAGAUAUUGAAUUUGCUAAUACUUAAACCAUCGGGAGGGAAAAAAGGCUCUUACCGCCUCCUCUGCUCUUCAGGUUGAACAGAAUUUCCCGAAAUUUGCCGCAUGAAGCUGCCCAAGGAACUAGGUUUUCUGAUGCAGCAAUUUGCUGCUCGCUAGCAUUGCAGAAAUCGACAUGAUCUCAUAUUGAUGGGGUUUUCCUUUUUAGAGUAAUUAGGUUGGUAAAUGAAUUAUUUGCCAGGGAGAUCCCUAGCUCUUUAAUAGUACGGCAGUUGAAGUAGAUAUUAGAAUAUUGUCAUUGUUAUUAAUGUUAGCCUAUUAUUAUUUUAUUUUUAACCAUUGGAGGCGUAUCUGUGGGAAUGAGACUGAGAAAAGCUGCCAGGGGUCGGAGGACUGAGCUGAGUUUAGAUCGGAAACUACUAGUCUAGAUUUUACAACUUACUUAUAGUAUACUUUAAAAUUCAAGUCUUUCUCUAUGGACCGAUCAACAUCCUUGGACAUCGACGCUCUGAAGAUGACACAGGAGCAGUAUAUUUUGGCUGCACAGCCAAAUAAUCUUCAAAGACCUGGAGGUGCUCCAGUUUAUCCUGUGGGAAUAUAUGGGUGGAGAAAAAGAUGUUUAUACUUCUUUGUACUUCUGCUGUUGGUCAUAAUGAUUGUAAACUUGGCAUUAACGAUAUGGAUUCUAAAGGUUAUGAAUUUCACAGUGGAUGGAAUGGGCAACCUUAGAGUAAACAAACAGGGAGUAAGGCUGGAGGGCAUAUCUGAGUUCCUUCUUCCACUGUACGUUAAAGAAAUACAGUCAAGAAAGGACAGUCCACUGAUCUUGCAGUCUGACAGAAAUGUGACUGUGAAUGCAAGAAAUGAGCUCGGGCAGCUCACUGGACAACUUAUAGUCGGAUCCCAGGCUGUUGAAGCACAAUGUAAACGGUUUGAAGUGCUCUCUAGUGAUGGUGGGAAGGUGCUCUUUUCUGCUGAUAAAGACGAGGUCAGCAUCGGUGCAGGGAAAUUAAGGGUGGCAGGCACAGAAGGAGCUGUGUUUGGUCAUUCAAUAGAAACUCCUCAUAUCCGAGCAGGACCUUCUCAAGAUCUCAAGCUUGAAUCUCCAACACGGACCCUUACAAUGGAGGCUCCAAAGGGGGUUGAAAUUAGUGCUGAUGCAGGGGACUUCAAGGCAACCUGUCGAAAAGAGAUGCAGCUUCAGUCCACAGAGGGAGAGAUAUUUUUAAAUGCAAACACAAUCCGAUUAGGCAAUCUUCCACAUGGCACCUUUGCUGCUUCCUCGCCUGGUUCAACGGGUCCGAAACAGACUGUCUACGAGCUGUGUGUCUGCCCAAAUGGAAAACUAUACCUUUCUCCAGCAGGGACAGGUUCCACCUGCCAGGACACCAGCAAUGUAUGUUUGUGGAGCUAAAAGCAGACUAACCUUACACCAGAAAAGCCUUUAUUACUGUUCUCGCAGUUCUGGUUUGCCUCCCCUUAACUGAAAAUCAAGAAUUGCAAAAGACUUCCAAAGCCAAUCCAGACAGUGCAGAAAUAAAAAAAAAAAGUUGCCUUUUUUUAAUAAAGCUACUAAUAAACACAGACAAAAAAAAAAACACGAGACAGAAGAGACGGGACACAUUCUGCACAUGGAGAGCUUGGGAUGUAAUAUAUUUUCUAAAACCGAAAAAUACACAGGUGCCUUUGCUACUGUCAGUAAAGCACAUCAUUACCAAGCUUAAGAAGACCUGGAUAUUCCCCACCUAAGAAACUUUUGCCCCAAAAUGAUCUUCACUAGAGUUCAUAUACAGUAUGUAUUUCUUUACUGUUUCACUAAAAGCACAAAUUGUGACAUGUAUAUGUGUGU